AUGAUUGUCGGAGAUCCAGGGGCUGGUAAGUCUGCAUUAGCUGCCCAAUUGGUUUGUUCCCGUUCAUCAAGUCGCACUAUCCACGAACAUAUAUUGGGAUACCAUCUUUGCAAACAUUCUGACAAAAACACACAAAUUGCCGGAAAAUUUGUUCGUAAUUUGGCAGAAAUGAUAGCUCGGAGAAUCCCAGAAUAUGGUUACAUUGUCUCGAACAGCUCCUAUAUUCUGAGAUCUCUAAAUACUGAUUGUGUAGGCAUCCAGGAUCCUGUAGGGUGCUUCGAACAAGCAGUUUUGUCACCCCUGAAAAGCCUGACAAAUGUACCUAAGGAGAAUUGGUAUAUUGUCAUAGAUGCUCUGGAUGAAUGUCUCACAAAGACAGAAACAAGUCAUAGCAUCGUUUAUUUGCUCAACAAUAAGCUUCCUCGGUUUCCAUCUUGGCUGAAACUUGUGUUGACAUCCCGUAAUGAAUCGAGUGUAUCUUUAAAUUCAGGUAGCAUCGCCAAGUUAAGCAUCAAUCCUGAAGAUUCUCGAAAUAUCGAAGACAUCGAACUGUUUUUGACCACAAGGUUUUAUCGAGAUGGUCCACUACUUUAUAGAGUGAAGACCUGGUUCGGUGAGAGCAGCGUAGAAAACACUGCGAAACUGAUCUCUGCCUUGUUACGUAAAAGUCAGGGAAAUUUCCUGUUUGUUAAGGAGAUGAUUCAUCACUGGGAGACCACAAGAGUCAAACGAAAUGAUCCUUAUGCACUGCCUGAAACAUUAGGUGAAUUGUACCACAGUUAUUUCCAAAGAUUAUACGAUACAAGAGAGCAAUUUAAACCUGUGCGUCGGGUGUUAGAAUUACUUGUAUCAACGUUUCAUCCAAUGACACAGCGUGAAAUUUUUGACGUACUCAAGAUGAAUGAAAAACAACUGGAAGAAGAUUACGAUUUUCGAGAUCGAAUGAAAGAACUUGGGCAUUUUGUACGAUAUGGAAAGAAUAACACAUUGACGUUGUAUCACUUGUCUCUAACCGAGUGGCUUACAGGCAACAGCAAUGAAAAUGGCCCAUUUUAUGUCAGCAAAAAGAAAGGUCACGAAGUUUUUUGUGACUAUUACCUUCGGCUUAUUAGUGAUGGAGGUAAAUCUGCGCUGUCAAAAUAUAUUCUUACUUUGGCGCAACACAUUGCCUGUGGCGGUUGGAGGGAGGCAUAUGUUAAAGAAUUUCUCAAUUUCCCUUCACACGUCGUCAAUUCAUCAGACUCAGGAAACAGGAGGACGUUACUGCAUCAUGCUGCUACGAUCAAUAGCACAGAUGUAUUAGAACUAUUGCUACGCCAUUUCAGUUGCAUAGACUGUGCCGAUAAGCGUGGAAUAACGCCUGCACUUUUGGCGGCCGAGCAUGGACUUGUUGAAAAUCUGGCUUUAUUGGUGAAGAAAGGAGCUAGAGUAAAUCGUAAAACAAAGUCAAUGAAGACCAAAGUACAAACUUAAUGGUAAAGAUUCAUCUAUGAUACACGACAUUAGUUAUGACAUUCCUUUUUCUGAAAUUAAAUCAAAAUUUUGGGGGGCCACAAUGCUCUAUGUUGCUGCUCACGGAGGCCACCUGGAGGUUGUCAAGUUCCUUCUCGAAAACGGUGCAUUUAUUUCUACGGAAAGCGAUGUUCAUCUAACAGCACUUCAGGUUGCUGCUGAGAAUGGACAUGUAGAGGUUGUUAAAGCUCUCUACAAAUCCGGCGGAGUUGCAGAUCAAACUGCUUUACAUCAUGCAGUCGUAAACAACAGGCUAGACGUUGUAAAAUACCUUUUGCAAAUCGGUGUCAAGGAUAAAUGCAUAAGAUGUGAUGGAUCUCUCCAUUGGCUUAAGACUAAACACCGUUAUCAAAGCCAAAUUUGGUUAGAGAGUUUUUCUUUUCCCAUCGAUAGACACUGCGAAUCAAGCUAUAGAUCAGCUAAUGGCCUGCUGAUAGACGAUGAAUGUAUUAAACGCGAUGCUGUCACCAAAAAUAUUGAACUCGGCGAACUGUUCGACGACAAACAUCUAAUUUUCUGUAAUACUGCGCUCCAUGCAGCAGUCUCCUUAGGUCAUAUAGCGAUAAUCAAGGAGCUCGUCUCAAGAGACAAAUGGGCGCUAGCGUGUCGUGAUUACUCAGGAAGGACUCCACUACAUGAGGCCGUUCGAAGGAACAGUUCAGAACUGGUCAAAUUUCUGCUCUCGACAGAUGAAGCAAAGAUACAUUCAACAUGUGAUCGAUGGCAGGACGUUCAGCCGCAAACUGAGACAAAUCGUAGUUUGGUGCUGAGCUUUAAAGAGUCCAGUGAAUACCACGGAGAUGUAUGUCACUGCGGAUACACCCCUCUCCAUCUGGCUGCGCGCUAUGGAUAUUGGAAGAUUGCUAUUACUCUUUUGGAAAACAAGGCAGGUGUUGGAACUAAGGACUGCUCUGGUGGAACACCACUUCACGUAGCUGCUUGUCAUAAUCACUGGGAUAUCAUAUAUGUUCUUUUGAAAUACGGUGCAGACAUUGGUAGCAGAUCGUUUAACGGCUCGACACCCAUUCACAGUGCCGCAGCAUGUGGUGCUAUUAGGGCAAUUGACCAUUUAAUUUACCAUGGAGCAAACAUUAACGAAAUCGAUGACAGCGGGCUCACGCCUUUGCAUUAUUCCAUACGAAACAUAACUUCAAAUCAACUUGAUCGACAACUUCUCGUGAAUUCGAUCAGCGACGAAAACGUACUCCAUCUGGUAACGGUUGACCGUAGAGGCCAUCUUGCUAGUUUUUAUGAUGAGAGAAACUUCUUGAAGAACACAGAUCUUUAUCAGUGGUUAGAUGCUUUUAUUCAUUUGAUCCUACAUGGUGCUGAUAUGAAUGCUGCUGACAAAUUAGGUCGAUCAGCAUUGCACAUAGCAGCUGAAAACGGUUUGGCUGAUGCAGUCAAUGUUCUUUUGCAAAUAAGAGCAAAGCUUGAAAUGCACGACAGGUUGGGGAGAACACCAUUGGAAGUGGCAAUCGAAAAGGCCAGGGUAUUACCCGAGCAUUCGCGCGUAAUCCUUCAUGACAAGAACUUUCGGGCCCUGCGUGAAUAUUUGCAAGAUCAUGAUUUGGUCAUACACCUUCUCCUUUCGUCCGGUGUUUCAUUUACAAAGUGUAAUAGCUCUGGUGAAAGCAUAUUACAUCGCGCUGUCCUGAAUAACCAGCCAUAUAUUGCACAGAUGCUGCUUUUAAAGGGAGCCAACAUGAACUGCAAGGAUCAUUUAGGACGGACUCCUCUUGUGGCUUUUCUUCACAAUGGUGGAGAUUGGCCAUCGGCAGAUGCGAUCUUCUUGAAAGGCUCCAUGAAGAUUAAGUGCGGAAAGCCAUUCAACUCAUCUUUAUUUCAUUUAAUGUGUUAUUUCUCUCCAAAGCUUGAGGAUUACAACUUCUUUCAACAAAUCUCGUGUGAUGAUCAAACAUGUUCAAAAGAUAGUCCCUUAGAAAAAGCUAUUGAAAGGCACCAUUUGAAGUACAAAGUCGUCGAUUCUUGUUUGGAUGCCGAAGGAUUUACACCGUUACACAGAGCCGCUCAAGGGAGCCAACAUAGUUGCUGUUCGUAA